AUUUCUGCGGGCUCAGGCGGAUCUUGGACAGUGACCAGACUUAUUUAUUACAGCAUAUAUAUGUGUGUCCUUAUUAAUGUUCAAUCCAAAGAUGUGAUAUGAUACAGUAUGUAAACAUUCUGAAUGGGAGAAUGGUGUAUGUUUUUAUAACACAUUUAUAUCUUUUAUAGAUUAAUAACCCUACAAGAUACUAUUUCAAAUGAGCAAAUUGCCAAGUAGAAGUCAUAAUAAAAAAAUGAAUUGCAGGGAGAGCCAACAACUUUUAGGGAGGACAUGUGAUCCAUAAAUCAUAAAGGCCACAUCCUACUUCACUGAAUCAUCGAUUUUGUAUUUAAAUUUCUGUCUGUUAAAUAGGCUAACAUUGUAUGGUGUGACGGCCCCAAUUUUAUCAUACUAGUAUGUGUUUUAAGCUAUUUAUCUGACGAAAGAAAAAUGAAAAGACAUCUCCCACUGAACCUCUGCUAAGUGCUUAUUCUCGCAAAGACACCUGAGGGCGACAGAGGGAACUAUGUUUCCAUUGCUUACUAAAACUUCAGCAUGCUUACUAAAUACUUGAGACAUAGUCGGCAACUUAACUAAACGUCUGCACUUCACCUUGGACAGUCAUGUCUGUGCCGCUCGGACUUAACUUUCCAGUUGUAUGCAUCAUCGCGUCUGAAGUCAAAUGGAGAACUUUGCGUCGCGCGUCGCCGUCUCUGUGUUAGAUUUGGAAUUUGGGAAUAACUACGGCAUGUAGUGUUGUGCUGCACUGUUGCAUUCAGUCUUUGAAAUUAUGAUAUGGAAGUAUUCAACAAAUCUACCAUGUGUUGACUGCACUAAACACUACGGAGGAAGUAUGAAGUAAGCGCGAUGGAGGCGGACAAUGCCCCGGUCUCCAAACUCAAAGCAGCUGGAGUCGGGGGGAGAGCUGUGUUUCUCUGUAUGGUCCUGUACUGUACCUGUUGUCUGGGGUUUGCACAGUCACAGUCUGAAGAUGUGGAUGUCCUGCAAAGGCUGGGAUUGGUCGGAAAAAGACCUCAAGGCGUUAUACCCUUCAAAUCCGGAGUUAUCCUAACCCAGAGGGCGCGGAUCGACAUCCCAGUAAAAUCCGUCGUGCCUACGUCGAUGGGCACAACGUUUACGCUUAUCCUAAGCGUGUGUUCUCAUCGCAUUAACAAUGCUUUCCUCUUCACCACUGUGACGAAGAGAAAAAGACUGCAACUGGGAAUGCAGUUCAUCCCUGGGAAAAUCUUAGUUUAUUUGGGCCAGAACACUGUAUAUUUCAAUUAUGACGUUCACAAUGGCCAGUGGCACAACAUGGCUUUGGAAUUCCAAGCUCAGAGUGUUACGUUAUAUACUUCUUGUGGGAAAAUGAGCGUACAUGCAAAUUUGCAUUUUAAAAACGAAGAAACCCUGGAUCCGGAGGGCUCCUUUCGUUUGGGAAAAAUGAGCCAGAACUCUGUGCAGUUUGAAGGAGCCAUAUGCCAGUUUGAUAUACAUCCUUCUGCUAAGGCAGCUCACAAUUAUUGCAAGUACAUUAAAAAACAGUGCAGGGAAGCUGACACCUUUCGGCCAAACCUCUCUCCUCUUUUACCGCUGCUGCCUUUGGACCCUAAUGUGUCUGUCACGGUCCAGACCCCGAUCGACAGACAUAGUCCUAGUUUUUCACUACGAGAUACACAAAGCAAGGUGCAAACCUCGCAAGGUCUAAACACAUCCACUUUAAUCUCAUCUUACCCUGCUGCUGUCCUGUCUGUACAAAGCACAGUGCCACCAACGAUACCCCAGCCCACAUUACAGCUCCCCCUACAGGCAACGGCGCACACUGUCAUGGCCGCCCUCGCAGUGGGAACAUCACCGAAGCCGACUCAACAAAGCACACCUACGAAGAACCUCCUGAGGACAACUGUAAAUAACAUGUUACAAGACAAUGGAACGGAUGUUACUAUCAAACCAACCACAAAUAAAAUGGAUAUCCCAACUUCUGCAACAACAAAAUUCAGUAUGGCAGACAUGACAACAACUCCGUCACAGAGAUUUUCCUUCGUCGAAGCAAAACACACCUCAUUUAUUUCUGUCACCCCUGCUGCCACAGACGGUUUUCAAACCUUUGACCUGGAACCAACCCAGUACUCCCUCUUGGCUGGGAUACCUGGACUGAAAGGGGAACCUGGACCACCAGGACCUCCAGGACCCCCUGGCAAGCCAGGAUUAGCAGGAAAAAGAGGGCCUAGGGGUCCGUCUGGUCCACAUGGAAAACCAGGACUCCCAGGACCACCCGGACCCAAGGGAAGAAAGGGAGACCCGGGAAUUUCACCAGGCAGAGCACCAAGUGGAAUAAAAGGAGACCUUGGAAUUUCUGGGCUACCUGGACUCGUCGGUCAAGCGGGCCGUAAGGGACAGAAAGGCCACCCUGGUCCACCUGGCCACCCAGGAGAUCAAGGAGAAAGAGGACUUGAUGGAAGCCCAGGUGCCAAAGGUUAUCCUGGCAGGCAGGGUUUGCCAGGGCCUAUAGGAAACAUGGGGCCGAAGGGAGAACACGGCUUCAUUGGAAUCUCCGGCGUCUUCGGUUUUCCCGGUCCUGAUGGAGAAAGAGGCUUACCUGGCGUUCCCGGGAAGAAGGGCAAGAUGGGUAGGCCGGGCUUUCCAGGAGAUUUCGGGGAACGAGGACCACCAGGACCUGACGGAAACCCAGGGGAGAUGGGUUCACCAGGCCCUGUUGGCAUCCUAGGCCUUAUUGGUGACAUGGGACCUGUUGGAACUAUUGGUCUUCCUGGACCAGUGGGACUACAGGGUGUGCCAGGAAGCCCAGGGGAACCAGGACUGAAAGGUGAUAAGGGUGAAGUCGGUUUGCCCGGGCAACCAGGAGAACCUGGAUUUCAGGGUGACAAGGGCAUUCAGGGCUUACCCGGUUUACAGGGUAUUCAAGGGAAGCCAGGGCCACAGGGAAAGCGUGGAGAUCCCGGGCCGGAGGGUUUGCAAGGUCCACCUGGUCCUGAGGGUUAUCCAGGGGAUAUCGGAGCACCAGGGCAAAAUGGUGUCGAGGGCCCAAAGGGAACUGCAGGAGCGAGAGGGCUUCCAGGUCCUAUAGGAGUUCCUGGACCAGAGGGAGAUCAGGGCCCAACAGGACCAGCUGGUGAUCCAGGACUAGAGGGCAGACUGGGGAGGAAGGGUUUUCCUGGAAGUCCAGGGGAAGAUGGAAUGAAGGGAGAGCCUGGAAUUACAGGAGAGGCUGGGAUGCUUGGUGAGAGGGGUUCUGCUGGUUUCAUUGGGCCUGUCGGUGAGACGGGGGUUGCUGGAGAAAAGGGGGAUCGUGGUGAGAUUGGGCUGCCAGGACCACCCGGAGAAAAAGGAGCAAUGGGACACCCAGGGGCUCCAGGUGAGAGGGGACCAUCAGGACCAGCAGGUACACCAGGGCCUCUCGGUUCCAGAGGACUCGGUGGCACGAGGGGACCCAAAGGCGAAAGGGGUGCAAGAGGACCGGACGGAGCAGUUGGUGAAAAAGGGUUAAUGGGAAUCCAGGGUCCUGAAGGGCCACCAGGAAAAGAGGGUUUUACCGGACCAAUGGGUAAAAUUGGUGAAACUGGUGAAGCAGGAGCGACUGGAUUUCUGGGUGUUCCAGGACCAACUGGACCUCCAGGAGCGAAGGGAAUUUUAGGAGAACCUGGUCUGUCAGGGCCACCUGGAACUGUAGGUCCAUUGGGUGAGAUUGGAGCAAUGGGUCUGCCGGGAAAAGCUGGAGAGCGGGGCUUACCAGGUGAACCAGGAGAGAAGGGUGAUGUUGGAUCUCCUGGUAAUAUGGGAGAGCAAGGCUUGAUUGGACCUAGAGGUGAUCCUGGUCCUGAUGUGGAGGCUGGUCCGGGUGGUCCUGAUGGAGCUAAGGGUGAAAAGGGAGAUGCAGGAAUGGAGGGUGAAAUGGGUGAAAGAGGCAACAUCGGACAUAAAGGAGAUGAAGGCCGUUCCGGAGAUCCCGGCUUGACAGGCAUCAAGGGCCCUGAGGGCAAACCUGGCAAAAUUGGGGAGAGGGGAAAACCAGGAGAGAAGGGCAGCAAAGGUCACCAAGGUCACCCUGGUGAGAUGGGACCAAUCGGAGAAGAGGGUGCUAUGGGUUUCAUCGGGCCAAAAGGAAGUCGAGGAUCUAUUGGAUCUGUGGGUGUUCUUGGAAAAAUGGGUCAGCUGGGAGAACCUGGUUUAGCGGGAUACGAAGGUCACCAAGGACCACCAGGUCCAAUGGGAAGCCCAGGACCAAAAGGUGACAAGGGAGAGCAAGGAGAUGAUGGGAAGGUUGAAGGUCCACCUGGUCCACCAGGUGACAUCGGGCCGGUCGGCAACAGGGGAGAGAGAGGAGAACCAGGCGACCUUGGAUACCCAGGUCAUGAAGGAGUGCGAGGGGAAAGAGGAAAACCAGGUGCUCCUGGAGUGCCUGGAAAUUUUGGACCAAAAGGUGAUUCAGGGCACAAAGGUUCCAAAGGCGAUAAAGGUCCAAAAGGUAAAAACGGUCCUCGGGGUGAAUCUGGAGUUCGAGGGUCACCUGGUGCUGUUGGUCUUUCUGGUCCCAGAGGAGUUAUUGGUCGUGAGGGACUUGAGGGUCAUCCCGGUGUAGAUGGACUUCCUGGAAAAGAUGGAGCUAAAGGAAUGCCAGGUGAGCAUGGAAACGACGGGGAGGUCGGAAUGCCAGGAAAACCAGGUCUUCAAGGCAAAGCAGGUGCACAUGGUUUGCCAGGAAUUCAAGGCUCUUUUGGGCCAAAGGGUGAAAGGGGUCUUCCUGGCCAAAUUGGACCUCCGGGCAAUAGAGGAUUUUAUGGAGGAAUGGGAUUUCCUGGUAAACAGGGUGACAGAGGAAUCAAAGGGCAACCUGGUGAUGCUGGUGAACAGGGAUUUCCUGGAGUUUUUGGAAUAUUUGGACCAAAGGGUCCACCCGGAGACCUUGGGCCAGCAGGCAUCCAGGGCCCAAAGGGUCCAAAGGGUUUAAUGGGGAUGCAAGGAUCCUUUGGACCGGUUGGUAUCAUUGGCCCGAGUGGUAAUCCUGGACCGCAAGGAAACAAAGGAAGUAAAGGGGAAAUGGGUGCUCAGGGACCAAGGGGACUUCCAGGACCUCGCGGACCACCUGGACCUCCUGGACUUCCCAGUGUAUCUCUUGCUCUUGAAAACGAGGCCCUUGGUGCUACUUCACAUGUUAUUGUUGAUUCCCGCUCAGCAUUUAGGUCAGAGAGUUAUCAAGACGCUGACCUUCCAAUGUUGGACCAGGGAACAGAGAUCCUAAAGACCCUGCACUACCUCAGUACCCUGAUCCGCAGCAUCAAGAACCCAACGGGAACGCAGGAGAAUCCGGCCAGAAUGUGCCGAGAUAUGUUUGACUGCGAGCAUAGGUUGAACGAUGGUGCUUACUGGAUAGAUCCUAAUCUGGGCUGUUCCUCUGACAAUAUUGAGGUGACCUGUAACUUCACCAGUGGAGGACAGACCUGCCUUAAACCAGUAGCUGUUUCCAAGUUGGAGAUUGGUGUCAAUCUGAUCCAGAUGAACUUCAUUCAUCUCCUGAGCACUGAAGCUGUACAGAUGAUCACCAUACACUGCCUGAAUGUCCCUGUUUGGGCAGCAGGGGACGCCAAAAUCCCAUUCUCUAAUGCAGUGUUUUUUAAAGCCUGGAAUGGACAGAUAAUCGAGUCGGGUGGAUUCAUCGAGCCUGAUGUGAUAAAGGAUGAGUGUUGGAUCACAGAUGGACGAUGGCAUCAGGCACAGUUUGUUUUUCAGACGCAGGAUCCAAACUUGCUGCCCAUUGUGGAGGUCUACAAUCUGCCGAGCACUAAACCCGGCUCACGUUAUCACCUGGAGGUGGGACCUGUAUGCUUUUUAUAACAAAGCAAGAAGCCCUGAAUACACACAAAUCACAGAGGCUCUUUAUGCCUAGAGGACCAUGAAGACAUAAAUAUACUCCUCUCUUAAGCCUGGACUGCAGACUUUAUACACGAGGACAGAUAUGUCUGGAGCUGCUUUGGAGAAAACAAGACUCUCAGAUGCUCUCUUGACAAGGACUGGAUGUUUGUUUUGUAGAUGUGCUUAUAAACAUUUACAGACUUCUAGAAGUCUUAAUUUAUUCAUAGAGAUGUUUUCCGCAUAUGAUUUGUGUGGGAAAACCACAAAUGUAAGGCAUUUAUUUGUAUUGAAGUACUUGUUUUGUAUUUUAUAGUUAUACAUGAUCAUGUGUAUUUAUACGUGUACAUGUGCGAGUAUGUAUAUUUUCUGUAAAGUGCAAUAGAGAAGAUUUUUUUUAAACGUUUGCGCACUCAAAA